GGAGUAACAGUCCGGUCGGAGCGGAGCAGAAAGCGGUGCUGCGCCUCUCGGACCAAUUUCUGCGUGUUUCUCCGUGGAUGUGGUUCCGGAUGGAUCGGUAAUUGAAAGACGAACUUCCUCCGGUCUGCUGUCUUUUACAUGAGUCGCUGUUGAUCGUCUUAAACCGGAUAUUUGUAAUUUUUGUUUGGGAUUUGCAGCGAUAAGGAGCAGGAUGAAAUAUAAAUUUAAACGCCCGAAAGGCCAAAAGUGACGUAAAGAUCAACAUUGAAGUGAUUUCCUCUGAGCAGCGAGCGCUUCCUUCUGCAGGAGCUGAUAUCUAAUCUUUACCCCAGAAGAACCUGAUGGCCAAAGCGUUGUACGAUAACGUGCCGGAGUCUCCCGAGGAGCUGGCCUUCAGGAAGGGGGACAUCCUGACUGUCAUCGAGCAGAACACAGGCGGACUGGAAGGAUGGUGGCUCUGCUCUCUGCACGGCCGCCAGGGGAUCGCCCCCGGCAACCGUCUGAAGCUGCUGAUCGGCCCGAUGUUUGAGGCCCAGCCAUCGGCCACCGCCCAGUCACCACCUCAGAGCCUCCAACAGACGGCGACUUCGGGGGCCCAGGGCCUCUACAAGCAGCCGCAGGGAAUCUACCAGGUUCCUGCAGGACAGGACAUCUACCAAGUCCCACCGAGAAGCACCCUGGCUGCCGAGAGCCCACACAGCAAGGUCGUGACCCCAGUCAGAGUGGGACAGUCCUACUCCUACAGCCCCGGACAGCACAACCAGCAGGACCUGUACGACGUCCCGCCCAGCAGAUCGCAGGGGGUGUACGAUAUUCCUCCUGGUCAGAUGUUCCCGGGUCAGCAGGCUGCAGCCAGGAACCAAGGGAUCUACGACGUUCCUCCACCCCAGAUGGAGCCCCGGACACAAGGCGUUUAUGACAUUCCUCCGUCCUCCCAGGGGGUCUACUCGGUGCCGCCCUGCAGAACCAACGCUGACCUCCAGGAGGGAAACUACGACUUCCCGCAGCCUCUCAAGCACAAACAGGAAGGCAUCUACGACGUCCCGCCUGCUAUCCUCACCAAACCUUCUCACAGCUCCCAGUCUCAUUACGAUUUCCCGCCAAACGUCGAGCCCCAUCACCAUCACCCAAACACCAACGGCAACGAGGGCAUCUACGACGUUCCUCCGUCCGCCCUCCACUCCGGAGCAGACUCUCAGCAGGACGUUUACGACUUUCCACGGGGCGCACAGCCACUCCAAAAUAAAGGCUCUGCCGACCGGGACGCAAGCAAAGGAAUCUAUGACAUUCCUGCUCAGGACGCUCGCACUGUGGCGGACGUGACGGAUGGCGUGAACCGCCUAUCGUUCUCCAGCACCGGCAGCUCGCGCAGCAGCAUGUCCACCUCCUCGUCUUCCACGGGCUGCGGCUCGGAGGGACGCCUCUUCUUGGACGUGGACGCCGGGGUGCAGAGGCUGUACCGCCUGCAGCAAGGCGUGGAGCUCUCUCUUGGGGCCUUGCACUCAAUGGCGUCUUCCUCCCACUGGAGGACUUUUCCCUACAUGGAGCGGCACACCAACGACGUACGCAUGGUGCUGGACAAAGUCCGAGCAUCUCUGGUGGACUUCAUUGCAUUCAGUAGAGGAGCCGCGGUGAACGCCACGUCUCUGUCGGACUCCAGUCUGCACAGCAAGCUGAGGCGUCAGCUGGCGCGGCUGGAGGACUCACAGCAGAUCCUGGUGCAGACCUACCAAGCUCUGGAAAGCUGCAGCUGGGCUCUGAACGCCCUGGCUUCCUCCAGGCAGCACCACAACAAGAGCGACGACCUGGACCGCUUCGUCAUGGUGUCCAGGACCGUUUCCGACGACACCAAGCAGCUGGUCUCUACGAUAGGUAGCAAUGCCGAGCUGCUCUUCAGGCGGACGCACGCCGACGGUCCGUUCUCUGCCGGCAGCACACCGGAGGAGAACCGGCUCACCUCGCUGCCGUCCGACUCGGACAACUACAACGGACAGACCAAGGCCUUCCCUGUGCAACCCAACCAGGACAAGGACAACAAGAACCACAGCGAGAAGUGUGUGAAGAGCUGGAUGGAGGACUACGACUACGUCCAUCUGCAGGGUAAAGAGGACUUUGAGCGUCAGCAGAAGGAGCUGCUGGAGAAGGAGAACAUCAUCAAGCAGACUGCAGUCCAGCUGGGUCAGGAGCAGAUCAACCAGUUUAAGAAGCUGGAGCAGGAAGUGAUCAAACCCGUGGAGAAUGACAUCACCCAGUGGGCGUCCCCCACUCCCUCCGACUCCUCCUCCGCCCAGGUGUGCGCCCGCGACCGCCAGCUGCUCGGCUUCUACUCCGCCCAGUGUGAGCAGCACUUCUCCACCCUGCUCAGCGCCGUCGACGCCUUCUUCGCUUGUGUCGGCGCCGGCCAGCCUCCCCGCAUCUUCGUCGCGCACAGCAAGUUUGUCAUCCUCAGCGCGCACAAGUUGGUAUUCAUUGGGGACACGCUGUCCAGGCAGGCGUCCGCCUCAGAGGUGGCCAACCGCGUGAUGAACUCCAGCAACGUGCUGUGCGACCUGCUGAAGACGGUGGUGGCGGCCACCAAGACAGCCGCCCUGAACUACCCCAACACGGCGGCCAUCCAGGACAUGGUGGACCGGGUGGCCGACCUGUCGCACCAUGCCCAGCAGUUCAAGGAGCAGCUGCUGCAGAUGGCCGCUCUGUGACUUCUCUCCAGCAUUCUUCCACCAACCUGCACAACCUACAAAUAUAUAUACAUACUGUAUAUACAGUAUUUAUAUGUAUAUGUUGCUCCCCAUCAUGCUCUGUAAAUAGUCCGUUGUGUAAAUAUCGGCUGUUUUCUGUGUAGAUAGUUUUAUAUUAUGGUCUCGAUAUAAACGUAGCUGAGGUCAUGGUGUGUCUUUAGGAUCUGGUGGACAUUUUUCAGAACAUUCCUGUUGCAUACGAAGCACCUUAUGUUUGUUUCCAUUUUCUUCUGAGGAUCUGGUUGUUGUGUUGCUGCAUUUCUCUGUUAAUCGUGUUUGUCUGUGGAACUCGCCACACAGUAAACGGCUCUUCUAACGCAGAAACCCGUGUCGUCUUUCCUGAUGUUACUGGAAUCUGAUUAAACAGAUAUUCCUUUCUCAGCUC